AGUGUCCCAAGUUGGCGAGAAGGCUAAUUUUACAGUGCGCUUAGUUUGGUAUCAAAUCCAGAUAAUUUACCAUUUAAAGUUUGUACGAAAUGCAGGAUUUUAUCUUUGAAAUGUAUAUUUCAACAUAAGUGCUGAGAUGUCGGUGGAAGGUAUUGAGCUCACGGAUGGAUAGAUUUGGCAGACAGAAAUACAUUUUUUUCCGUUUGAGAAUUACGAAUGUCCCUAACAUUGACUGCCAUGGCUGACAACACAGUGACCAGUGGCCAGCAACAGCGGUCGGGGUCUGAGCAGUUGCCACGACCCUUCCGCGGGCCUUACAUUUCAGUCAUCACUAACAGGACCACUAACCUGGUGAUACGCAGUGCCAUGCUGUUCUCUGUGGGGGUGUUCCUGGCCCUGGUGCUGAACUUACUGCAGGUGCAGAGAAAUGUCACCCUCUUCCCCCCAGACGUCAUCAGCAGUAUCUUCUCCUCAGCCUGGUGGGUGCCACCCUGUUGUGGUACUGCCUCAGCUGUGAUCGGGCUCCUGUACCCCUGCAUCGACAGCCGACUCGGGGAGCCCCACAAGUUCAAGCGGGAAUGGUCCAGCGUGAUGCGCUGUGUGGCUGUGUUUGUGGGCAUCAACCAUGCCAGUGCUAAAGUGGACUUUGCCAACAACGUGCAGCUGUCUCUGACUCUGGCAGCACUCUCCAUCGGCCUGUGGUGGACAUUUGACCGCUCCCGCAGUGGCUUUGGUCUGGGAGUGGGCAUCGCCCUGUUGGCAACACUGGCAACCCAGCUCCUGGUCUACAAUGGAGUCUUUCAGUACACUUCUCCAGAUUUCCUCUAUAUUCGCUCUUGGUUACCUUGUAUCUUCUUUGCUGGUGUGAUAACCAUGGGAAACAUAGGACGGCAACUAGCUUUGUAUGAAUAUAAAGUUGUUCAAGAGAAGACCCAUCAAGACUGAGGGAAUCUGAGCUCCAUCAAACCUCUGUUCAUAAUGAUGUCUUUGUUUCUUUGCGCCAAUGCAAAGCCAAAAGCAGCUCAUAAAAGGAUGUCUGUAUGUUGCGCCAAUUGGGAUUGGUCAACUCCAGCAAAGGCAGGAUCAGACAAUCACAGCCAGUUGAUAAUGGGCUCCUCAUUUGUUGCGUGGUGCUUUCUGUCGGACAAGGCAGUGUUUUUGAUCGGCUUUUGUUGGCCCAUUCAAGACUCGGGGCAACCUCAGCUACAUUGUGAUCCUUCAUUUACCGAAGUGAGUAAUGAAAGCAGAGGCUUUUUUAAAUAUUUUUUUUUCUUUUAGGACAUUUUAUCCAUGAUGCUGUCUGUGAUGGCAACUCAACUGGAACAUAAUUAGCGGCAAAAGUGUCGUCAUUCACAUCAACUCAGCCCUUGUGUUUCAAAAAUGUUGGCUCCAUUGUGCCAAAUGCUUAAUACUCAUAUGCUAAUAUGACAUUGUUCUCUGCACAUCUUUCAUCCACUGGGGGAGAAUCUUUGCAUAGCUAGCUUAUAUCUAGAGAGAUAUAUAUGUACAUAUUUUAGGCUUUUACUGUCUAUAUUAAGCUUGUAUACAUCUGCACUCAUUUGGUAGUGUUUAUCUUUGUUUGGAGGGAUUUAAGAUGUGCAUUCCUGUAUCUAUGCUUUGGAUAUCAGAACAAAGGGGGCUGUGUUCAGUGUUGCUGCACUGCCAGGUGCCAUUCCAGCAUUCAUAUCCAGUGGGUAUUUCCACCUGCCUUACCUGUCCCUGUACUGGGCCCUAUGUUAAACACUUAAAAUCUACAGUAUCAUUGAACCCAAUAAAGAAAUCUAAAGUUCACUCCCAGUUUGGACUAUGAAAAGCUGUGAGGGCUUUAGCAUGGGGGGAUGAUAUACAUUUGGCUGAAUUUAAGCAGGUGGACAAAGUCUGAUUGCUUUAUUCAAGUGUAAACCAGAUUUGAUUUCAAUUAAUUGCUGACUUUUAGAAGUAAGAUUCAGAUUCUGUGCAAACGCAGCCCUUUGUUUCUUCUGCAGUAGGAAUGCCAAACUACCCAGAUAAUUUGGAGAAAAAAAUAAGUUUUCUGGAGCACUUGAACAACAGUUGAAUACUAUCUAUUUUAAACAAUGUAUCAGACAGUUAAAGCAAUAUAAUGAAGGCAUUGAGUUAAGAUGGAUAGCGUUUUUUUCCUAAAGCUGCUACAUGCAACUUGUAAAUUUAUCUGGGGUGCCCUUGAUUUAUCUGAUAGUGUGUGAUCUUCAUCAGCCGAAUAUGGAAAUUGAACAUUUACCAUUAUGAUGCUCAUAUAAAUACCAUAUGUCAGAUUCUUGACAACGUCAUGAAGUUAAAGUGGCUGUAGACAACUUUCAACCUUCCCCCCCUUGCGUUUUCAAAAAAAAUGUUUUGUUUUGUUUGCGCUGCCAUCGCAAAGACAACCGGAUUGCUUCUGUCCAAAGCAAGAAACAACUGUAACUAGAAAACCCGAUCUCACUGCUAUGAUAAAGGCAGAGGUAAAACAUCCGGUCAUAAUGAUAAGUAGACGGGUUGUGUUACUUACUGAUCCAGCAGAAAGAAUGCUAACUUAAUGUCGGCUUGAAGCCAUCUCAAGUCCCUGGUGUUGCAUCGAACUCUUGUUUCUCCAUCAAAAUCUGUUUCCUCCUAGCCAGAGUUCAGUACAACACUGGGACACUUGUGUAACCUUAACCUAUCCUCAACCUAACUUCAACCUAACCUUAACCUAAUGCUUACCUUAACCUAAUUGUAACCAAUAGCUUACCUGGUUCCAUGCGAACGCUUUCAUCUCAGUAGGGGGAAACAUCUUGGCAAGGAAACUGAGUUCGAUACAACACCGGAGCCCUCUCCAUCAAGAGAAUACCCGUCCGAGGCUUGCUCUUGUUUUAUUUCUCUUUCUGUCACUCCCCCUCUUUACCUUCUUUGCCUCCUCCAUCAAUAGGUUCUUUUUCUCUUGCGGGGUAGAGUUUCCACUGUCACUUCGGUUGUUCCACCAUCCACCAUUUCUGCUACUGGGGAUAGCUACCAGGGAAAACAAAAGUGCUAUCCUCUUCCUAUUUUGGUUGCACAAUGGUUGACGCACUUCCUUUUUAGCCGUAAAUCGAGGCUUCAUUUUCCUAUGAGAUUGUACCCAGUGGCAAGGCUUUUAGAGAACCAAUCUAAACGCCGAUGGUGUCAUUAUUCUAUAGCCAUUACACUGAGCAAUCAACAUUUACUUCAUAAUGAUAAGUUAAAGCAAAAAAGUUGUCUACUGCCACUUUAAGUGUCAGACUUUUUUUUUCCCCCCUCAUUCAGAAAAGGAAACUUUCAAACAUUCAGGAUUGGAUGUUGAUUUUCCUAAAUCCCAUUUGGGAUGACAUUUAUUCAUCAAAUGCCAUUAGAUAAUGAUAAUCAGAUAAUGUCAACAUGACAAAACAGCUUACUCUUACCACAGGACCAGUUUGGUGUUCGUGUCAAGGCAAGUACAUUCCAAUUAAAAUGGAUGCAAGUAAAAGAUUCAGAUUCAGUGUUAUAAUUCUGUCAAAGGUUCUUAUUCUACUGGUGUAGAGUAGUUGUUUUGUUUUCAACUGAUAUGUAAUGCUGUAUGCCAGAAGUGUUGUCAGGUUGGAAAGUUUGAGGAUGGGAGGAUUUUUUUGGAAAAUCCAGAGGAAAUUGGGAGUGUUUCCUGUGUCAACAGAGGGAUGGAACACCGCACGGUCAAGGGAACAUUUUUGAUCUUUUUAUGCUUUAAAUCCAUGCAGGUCCAAAAAAAUUACAUGUAUUUUUUUUUCAAAAAAGGAAACUUUAAAAAAUAGUGUUUUUGUAAUGUUUAUGACUUAGGUUGCAGAACAACAUAGCAACACAGUGAAAUACUUUUUUUUUUUUUAUUGAAACAUGCUAUGUUUCAUGUCGGCGUCGCAUCUGCAGGAUUUAUGAUUGAGAAACAGAGACAGACAUUUUUAUUUCGUUUUUACAGAAACUGGAAAUUAAGUUGUGUGUUAAACAGGGACUGAAUGAACCCGCAUACUAAUGCUGCCUCUGGUAUCUGAACAUGUGCAAUCUCUUUUGGUGUAAUAAAUACUAUGACUUU